CGUGGUGUAUGGGACAGCUUGUGUAUAUAGAGAAUUGUAUGAAAAGUCACCGAUCGCAAAAAAGUUGUGUAAAUAGCUAUCUAAUUUGAAAUAAAGUUUUCCUACUCAAAUGUGUCGCGUACUUGUCUCUUGCGCCGAUUUUGAAGCCAUUCUGACGCCGUUUAGUGAAGUUAUUCGAAACCGUUGUCUUUCCUUCUAAAAGAAGGGAAAGGGAGACCACGCCAUCGAUCGCUGGCCGGACGUCACCCCACAAAUCGCUCUCUCCUCAAAAGAAAUAGUCCCAAAUCAUAAUAAAACCGUUCCAUAAAGCCCAAUAAAUUUCACUCCACAUACGUGUGCUUCGGCGGUCGAAAGACUCGUGAAGAACGAAAAAUUUGGCUUAAAGUUCACCUCUUCGGCUUUCCUUUUAUGCUUGAAAGGUCAAAGUAUCUGGUUUCAUCCUCAACUCUGAUUGGUCCAUUUGAACCAAGUCAAGCGAGACAACACGAGGGUUGUGUCCCUUCUUUUAGAAAGAGAGACAACGGUUUCGAAUAACUUCACUAAACGGCGUCAGAAUGGCUUCAAAAGAGACAAGUACGCGACACAAAGGAGGAAGGAAAACUUUGUUUCAUUUAGUCAUUUACACAAUUUUUUUUACGAUAGGUGACUUUCCCAUACAACUCUCUAUAUACACAAGCUUUCCCAUACACCACUUAUGCAGAGUCGAAUUUUUAGCUUGGGAUGCCUGUGAAUGAAGCCCAAGAUAAUCUGAAACAUUGAUCUUAUCGUGUCCUUCACGAAUGUUAUUGGUUUGUUUCAACUGAUAAUAAACACACUGUCCUGCUGUAGUUCAGCAGUACAGAACUACAACUCUUCAAACGUGAAACGUGUCAUUUACAAAGACGCUUUGGCGUCCAACACGUGCGUCUCGCAUUGACUCCAAGAACAUCUUAAUCAGUUUAGCCAACUCGCUUUACGAUGCCAUUGUUCACUAGCUUUUUAAGUUUCCUUGGUCUGGUUUUGCUAGGUGCCGAAGCAAGAAUUCCAUCGCAAAACCUUACUACUGGUGUUUUCCUGUCUUACAACGAAUACAAUUCUAACGCUGUCUUCGAGGCGUGGAAAGGACCUGGAGAGUUCUCGCUACUUUUCAACACUCGUAAGCCCACCGCGUUUCUUGCAUAUCAAGAUGACAGUAUCUACAACCACUUUGACUUGUUUCUGGUCAAUGGAAAGAUCCGCGCAAGAAUAACCUUUGAUGAGUGCCAGUGGAAACAGCUUACUGUUGAGGGAAACUUCUCUGAUUCUCAGUGGCAUCGUCUUCGCUUAACAAGACAACUGAACGAUGUUUCUCUAACAGUAGACGGAUGUUAUUCGCAAUCUAUUCCCUGCAGAUAUGCGUCUUCCAAGUCAGAAAGGUGGCAAGCUCUGUAUGUGGGAGGUAUCCCGUGGAAUAUUACCCAGAAUUCGAAUUUUUUGGCAAAACCGGGGAUUUUUCGUGAGACUAUUACAUCUGGAUUCAAGGGAUGCAUUGGUCACGUGACUCAAACUGCACCUGGGGAAAGUCCCAGGCCAUUAGCACUGCGCUCCAGCUUGUGGACUGGAUCCCACUGUGAGAGUUACUGUGCGCCUGGCCGGAAAUGCAAUCCGAUAGAUGACGUAACUCGUAAAGAAUGUCAAUGCCCCGGAUACGAAAACGAAGACCCGAUCUGCAUGCUUCAUACAAGCCGUUCGAGGGAUGAUCUCGCAACUAUAAUCCUGGCUAGUUCAUCGACUCUAUCAAAGUCAGUUGAAAUGACCUCAAACAAAAGCACGCCCAAAUUGAGUUCUGCAAUUCAAACAAAUGUCGAAGCAACUUCUUCAUCAAAGACCACUGACAGCGCAACACCGACUAGCACCCAGUCCGCCUCGAAACAUGUGCAAGAUUCAUCAGGAGUAAAAGCACAAUACGUAGACGUGGCAUACCUUGAUCAGCAGAGCUCUGUCCCAGGAAACUCGAGCCAUCCACAGCCGCUUGGCUUGGUCUCAGCUUCAACAAGAUUGUCUACUCCAGAUGAAGUGUUUCCCAGCUCGGUAGAAGUUCGACCUAACUCUGCAGUCGACAACAAUAGUUCAGUAAUGGAAAAGAAAGGUAGCACCUCACGCAUUUUAAGCUCCUUUGUCUUGAUUUGUCUUGCGCCGGCGGUCUCGCUUCUCAGCGGACUUAUGACCCGGUAAAGAACUUGACUAAGUCGUAGUCCGUCUUCAGUCUUUGCGUCAUUUUGGCCACAGAUUUAUGGCUUUUAUUCGAAGAUCUCCACGGACUUUGAUAUGGAGUGGAACAAUCUGCCGUGAGAUAACUUGUUUAGAGCUGCAUACUCAGCAACAGCACCAGAGUAAACAGCUGCUAAUCAAACAGUGGCAGGCCAAUGUCGAAUUGUUAGUUAAUCGUCGCUCGUUGUCGGCAAAUUAUCUUGAAGCACUCGAGUUUCCCUGAAGGCCGUGUCCACACUACGCCGGAGGGAUUUGAAAACGGAGCUUUAUUUCUUCGUCCUUCCGUCCACACCAAUC